AAAAAAAAAAAAAAAAUAGACAAUUAAAUAAACAUGGCCUUUUCAUUGGGAACAACCAAUCCUUCAACUAAUACGUUUGGAGGAUUCGGUACCACUCAAACAUCUACAGCAAAUACUGGAUUCGGUACUCAAGCUUCAACGGCCCCAUCAACUACUGGAUUUGGUGGAUUUGGCACAACAUCAACAUCAACACCUGCAUUUGGAACUAAUACUGCUACUUCUACACCUUUUGGUGCUUCCACUGGGUUUGGUAAUGCAACAUCAACUGCGCCAAGUACAGGAUUUUCUUUUGGAAAUACAACCCCAUCUGCCCCUGCUACGUCGGGUACUGGGUUCACCAUUGGAAAUAACUCAACUACUACUACUACUACACCAUCCACUGGAUUCUCAUUUGGAAAUAGUUCAACAGCUCUUAAUACCUCUAAACCUGCUUUUGGAGGCUUUGGUACAACAACAACAACUUCAGCACCUUCUACGGGUUUAUUUGGAUCAACUGCUACAACUAAUACUGGAUUCGGAGGAUUUGGAGCUAAUAAGACAGGUUUUAAUUUAACAACAAAUACAGGAGGUAAUAAUAGUCUUUUUGGAGCCAAUAAACCUACCACAUCACUUUUUGGCAAUACAGGAUUUGGAUUUCAACAACAGCAACAACAACAAAAUAGCAAUGUUGUAAAUCAACAACGAGCACAACAACUUUACCAAAUUUUAUCACAAAUAGACCAAGAAGAACGAGCCAAGUCCAAGACGACUAUUACAAGUGAAGAUUAUAAGCCUGAACAUGUCUGGCAUGCUUUAGCAUUACUCAAGAGUUGGUGGGAUCCUAAAUCGCCUCAUUGUCGUUUUAAAUAUUAUUUUUAUAAUGUUGUUUCUCCACAAGAAGUACAACUUUAUCAGAGGCCCGCUGACCAUGAUGAAGCUGCAUGGAAUGCUGCACAAGCUGCGAAUCCAGAUCCAAAAACGAGAGUUCCAGCAUUGGCUAUUGGUUUUGAUGAUGUGCGUAAACGUAUGGAAGAGCAACAUAAAUUAAAUGAAGCGCAUAAUGCUAAAUUAGAAGAAAUCAAAACAAUCUUGAAUAAAAUUCAAAAGAUGAGUCAAUUGGAAACACCAGUUAAAUUAGAAGAAUAUAAACGUAGACACAUGCAAACGACACAAAGAGUAAUCAAGUUUUUAAAAUAUGCACAAGUUUUACGUAAUAAGGGUCUAAGUAUAACACCUGAUGAAGAAAUGAUGCGAGCAAGGCUUGAGAAUAUUCAAGAACAAUUACAGCGAUCCGACCAAUUCCGUAGUAAAUUAAGUCAAUUAUGGGCUCAGUUACAGCUUAUUAAAGAAUCAGGGAGAAAGUAUGGUAAGAUUGAUGGAGUUGAUGAAUGGGAUGCUGUGAGUGAAGAAAAUAUGAAUGGUAUUACAAAGAUUUUACAAGAGCAAAAUAAUGGCGUAGAGCAUAUUAUUGAAGUACUUGAAACAGAUGCAAAAGAAAUUGAUAAUCUGAAUAAAGCUUGGAAGCAUCAACAGCAUAUUAAUUACUAAAUAAAAAUUCUUGCAAUAAUAAUAAUAAAAAGGAAAAAAAAAUAUCCAUUUAAAAGAAGCAUUUUUAUGUAAUAAACGUGAAAUCCUUCUUUUCUUAAAAAUCAAUACCUGAAAUAUUUAGAGGUUUUUUGUGAAUACAUAAACAUUGUUA